AUGGGAAAUUCUUUACCCCAACUGUCUGUACAUCGAUCGCUACGUGCUUCAAAAACCAAAUCACCGUAUCCGUCGUUAAAGAAGUCACGUAGUUUACGAGAAUAUGCACGUAAUACGAACAAUUGUUUCACUAGUAAUAAUUCUCAUAAUCGACGAAAUAUUACAUUUUCAAGACCACAAUCAUUACCCCCGACAGAUGCCGAAAUAAUUGAUAUUCAUGCAUUACGUUGUCGAAUGUCAACAUCGAAUGUAGAUGAAGGUGAACAUCAAUUAUUAAAACAACUCGAUUAUAUUCAUUCAUGUGUACGAAAGGAUAAAGGCUUAUUUGGUAAAAUGACGGAAAAUUUGCAGAACAAACAUAUUUUUUCUAAUGAUGAACCGGAAAAUACGCAUAUCUUAGAUCAAACACCAGAUGAAUAUCGCAUGGAUUAUCAGUCGAUCUAUUUACAAACAUUCGAUGGCGAAUUCAUUCAUGCAUACUGGAUUUAUCAGUCAGGCGAUGUUAAUGAUACAGUGACACUUUUGUAUUUUCAUGGUGCUGGAGGAAAUAUCUCUCAUCGGCUUGAAGUUUUGCAAUUGUUCUACGAGAAUCUUCAAUGUAAUAUUUUAGUUAUUGACUAUCGAGGAUUCGGGAAAAGUACUGGAACACCAUCAGAGCUUGGCUUGUACAUAGAUGCACAAACGGCAUAUGAUUAUCUAAUUUAUAAACAGAAGAUUUUGCCGGAGAACAUUCUCGUGCUUGGCACAAGUCUCGGAGCAUCAGUUGCCAUUCAGCUUGUUAGUGAUCCAUCAAAUCGUGUUAAAGUUGCUAUAUUCGAAAAUGCUUUUAUCUCCGUGCCUGAAGUCGCCAAGUAUUUCUUAACAUAUGCGAAAAGUGUUCUUGGUGUAACAAAAUCAAUUGGCUUUCUUUAUCUGUUCGAUUCAUUAGCUAAAGUAGGGCGUAUCGAAUGCCCGUGUAUCUAUCUAACUGGUUUACUUGAUCCCCUUAUUCCAACGUGGAUGUCAAAUACUUUAUAUAAUGAAACACAUCUUUCAAGUAAACGGCAACUAUACGAAUUUCCAUUUGGUAAACAUAACGAUUUGCCAGUGAUGAGAGACUAUUUCGAGAAUAUACAAUCGUUUAUUAAUGAAUUAUUAUCGAUAAAGCCGGAAACUGAACAAGUGGUGCUAAAGCAGUAA